AUGACCGACAUACCCAGUGGUACAUGCAAUGUUGUGCUUGGCUCUAGGAUUACCGAGGACUCCGAGACCUACGCGGCGGCUGCCUCCUUUUCUCCUCACUUUGCUGACACCCUUAUUGACAGCAUUGACUUCAAAUCCACAGACCAUAUUCUCGAUAUUGGAUGCGGAAAUGGUAUUUUCACCAGCCGAUUUGCUCCCCAAGUUGGAUACGUUCUCGAGGUAGACUCCUCGCCGUCAAUGAUCGACGCUGCCAAGACAAGGAAUUAUGGCUCUACGUCAACUGAUUUCCGUGCUGUUAAUUGCCGGCUCCCGGAAGAUGACCAGGAGAUUAUGAAUAGCAACUGGGAUGAGGUUGCUUCGAAUGCCGCCUUCCACUGGAUCCUGCGAGACCCGUCUACCCGUAUCUCCACUUUGAAGGCCAUUUUCAGAUCCAUGAAGCCUGGAAGAGUGUUCUUCUCCGAGAUGUGUGGACAUGGCAACGCCCCGGAGAAGUUUACGGCUUUUAAGUUUGGCCUUGUUAACCAGUGA